AUAAACCUUUAGAGAAGCUGGCGGAAGGACCCGGCAGACAAUUCACUUUUAGUCUCUCUCCGCCCCUAUAGUGCAGUGUGUUUGGAGCACUAUCCUAACGAGCACAGUCCUGCGAAAACUUGUCAGGGACGAGAUGAAGACUCAAGUCCUGUAUCUAUUUAGCUUUGUUCUGCUUAGUCUGAUUAAAUGGCCGAACCCAGCUGGCGCGACACCGGGACGCAACUCCACAGUGUUCAAGGUGGGCCACUGUCCGAGAAAGCUCACAGUGGUGCCGUCCAGUCGAGGAUGCGUCUGCGAUGAUGACUGCGCAGGGGACCACAAAUGCUGCGUCUUUGACUGCGGAGCCGUCUGCGUGCCUCCUGCUUUCUCGAAGCCAGGCGUGUGUCCCCGUCGAAAGUGGGGUUCGGGGAUGUGUGCAGAAUAUUGUGCCAAUGACAGUGACUGUCCAAAAGAUGAAAAAUGCUGCCAUAACGGGUGUGGCCAUGAAUGCAUCGCCCCUUACACAGUGAAGCCUGGUCGAUGCUCCAAGGCCAAAGGGACCCCGAUGUGUGCAGAGUAUUGCUACCACGAUGGCCAGUGUGCUGGGGAGCAGAAGUGCUGUCGGACAACAUGUGGUCAUGCCUGUAGUGAGCCCUGCUGAACGAGACAGAAUAUGAAUAUCUAAGCUUUCUUUUGGCCUGGUCUGUGUGGUUUGCAAGAAAGAGUUCACUGCAAGAGAGCACUCCACUAACAUAUUGGUUAUGGACCUUCAUUUAACUUUUGGAUGUGAUUUAUGGACCUUAUGAGGAUAGAUUUUCAUGAGAAUAGAUAUUGAUAGAAGUCAAUAGAUGAAGUAAAUUUGAAACACCUUUCAUCUUACGUCUUGACUAUCCAGUGACUAUAUUUGGGUAUUCAGCCUUUCAAAAUGAGCUAGGUACUCACAAGCUGCUGAACAGUGGUCGGUCCCGAGUGCUGUUGGUGUCCAUGGCGACGAUGCUUGGCACAAGAGCACUAAUCACAGAGGAUCUAAAAUAUAAUUUAAGAUCCAAAAAGAUGAUUCAGUAAGCUUGUCAGUGUGCUUUCAACUUUUAAAAUUCCUGUACAGUUUACUAAGAAUUAGCGGUUUUGUUAUGCAUGGUCUCCUCUUAGAUUAAAAUAUUUUUCUGUUCAUGUUUGAUGGGAAAUGAUCAUUUCUGUUCAAUGUUGCCAAUGUCAGCAUUGUCUCUAGCUUUAGUGAUUUAUUUAGAUGGCUUUAGUAACACUUUUCCAAAAAUCUAGUGACUUUGGACAAAUCCCCAGUCCUGCCCUUGCACGAGAGGCACAUUUCUAUCUGUGCUUCUCUUUGCUUUCUAAAAUAAAAGGAAGGUGGUCAGAAA